AUGGCAGACUACCAGACAGACAUGAAUCUGUUACGUAAACAUACUGAAGUGAGGAUCAACUCUGGGACCAAACAACCUGCAAAGAGGCAGCUCAGGUGAUACUUCUGUUUCAGCCUCCCAAGUAGCUGGGACUACAAGUGUGCGCUACCAUGCCCCGCUAAUUUUUUAUUUAUUGUAGAGAUGAGGUCUUGCCAUGUUGCCCAGGCUGGUCUCGAAACCCUGGACUCAGGUAUUGACUUUGCCACUCGUAAGAUAGCCAACUUACUGAAGCCUCAGAAAGUGAUUGAGCAGACUGGGGAUUCUUUUACCAUCCGCACAUGCAGCAGCCUAAGGAACUACCUUGUGAAAUUUACAGUCGGAGAAGAAUUUGAUGAAGAUAAUAAAGGCCUGGAUAACAGUAAAUGCAAGAGCUUGGUUGUCUGGGAUAAUGACAGGCUCACCUGUACCCAGAAGGGGGAAAAGAAGAACAGAGGUUGAACCCACUGGAUUGAAGGGGACAAACUCCACCUGGAAAUGUUCUGUGAAGGUCAAGUGUGCAAACAGACGUUCCAAAGAGCCUGAUCCGUACCCAAUGGCCGGGUGAUCGUGGCAGCAGCUUCAUGCCAAGUUAUACUGUGGAAUGGAUCAAAGUGAAUCCAUCCCAUUCGGUGAUGCGCCUUGCAGGUGGAGAGAUUCCCACAGUCAGUAACCAGAAGUCACUUAGACUGUGGGAGAAAUGCUGAGCUUCAAUAAACCUGCUCAAGUGAC